ACAUAUCAGUCCGCCUCGGGAGGUUCACUUUUACACUAAGACACGGUGUGGCGUACUCUACAUUGUUAGAUGUUAAGUUGCCCGUGGUUUUGGCAGAAUUCUACGCGCAACGUUUCGUCAGGGCAGAGUGGAAGUCCCCUAUGCUGCUCUGACGCAAGGCAUGAAAGAGUGAUUCAAAGCAAACGCCGGAGCCAGUUCGCAAACCCGUUGUGUGCUUACUGCGUGUGGAGGUUAAGGCGGGUAGCAAUAAUCUUCCUAUCCAUUUCACUUGACGCUCUGGUGGAAAAGUGGAACUCGAAAGGGAGUGCAAAGGAUCAAAAGUCGGCGUACUCGUUGGACCUUUUCGCCGCACUGACUGGACUACCACGUUAUCUCUUGGCCCACAGCGCUGGCCUAAAUUGAACAGCAUAUGGCAGCCCACCUGACUGAAGGAAGGAGGAUCUUGACCGAGAAGGACGAACGGCGCGUCUUCAGGAACGGCACGUGUUUCCACCAGCGUCUCUACGCGGCGACGUGUUCCGAGUCCUCUACAUAAUGUCCCGCGAGCGUGAGCCCCGUCACCGCACGGCUGGAUCGUCAGCGUCCGUGCGUGCUCCACGCGGUGCCUGCAAUGGAGAGAAGCGUCUGGAGUGUCCAGUGUGCGAGAAGCAGUUCGCCUUUAGAAGUCAACUAGAAACGCACCUUCGGACCCACACCGAGGAGAAGCCCUUCGAAUGCACAGUUUGCAGGAAGAGCUUCACUCAAAGUGGAAAUCUCAGAAGGCAUCUUCGGACCCACACCGGGGAGAAGCCUUUCGAGUGCGCAGUUUGCAGGCAGAAGUUCAGUCGAAGUGGUAGUCUCAGAGCACACCUUCGCACCCACACCGGGGAGAAGCCUUUUGAGUGCACAGUUUGCAACAUGAAGUUCACUGAAAGUGGAAGUCUCAGAACGCAUCUUCGAAUCCACACCGGGGAGAAGCCUUUCGAGUGCACAGUUUGCCAGAAAAAGUUCACUCGAAGUGGAGAUCUUAGAAACCACCUUCGCACCCACACCGGGGAGAAGCCUUUCGAGUGCACAGUUUGCAAGAAGAAGUUCAAUGAAAGUAGUAAUCUGAGAAAGCACCUGCGCACCCACACCCGGGAGAAGCCUUCCGAGUGCACAGUUUGCAAGAAGAAGUUCACAAAAAGUUGUUAUCUGAGAACGCACCUUCGCACCCACACCGGGGAGAAGCCUUUCGAGUGCAAAGUUUGCAAUAAGAAGUUCGCUCGAAGUGGACACCUUAGCGAACACGUCCGCAUCCACACUGGGAAGAAGCGUUUCGAGUGCACCGUUUGCAAAAAGAAGUUUGUUCAAAGUGGACAGCUUCGAAGGCACCUUCUGACGCACACCAAGGAUACGCAUCGUGAGUGAAUGAUUUCAACGACCUGAAUUUUAAUAACAUUUUUCAUACGGCGCAUCAUUAUUUAUGCUAGUUUAUCGAAUCAACUCUGUUUAAAAGAACGUUGGAAGUGCACUGUAGCCAUGUAUUUAAUCAUUUCUGUUGGAAAGAACGUGGGAACUGCUCUGUAGUUAUUAUGGUCAGAAUUCCUGCGGCUCUUUUAUGUUCUUCGUACGGGUGUAACUAGGGCUAUCCGACCAAUACUCUCUGUUUACAUGAAGCCCAAGCUUGUUUAUGGUCCUUGUGAGAACGCCCAAUCGUUCCGUGCAAUUUCACUGAUUGAAUGUAUUGACAUUUCCCAAAAGCAUGUGUUAUCUAAAAUUUGCUUGUGACCUUUUGGAAAAAUGCUUUAGUUCUUAGAUUUUAGGUUCACUUUCAAGUCGAUUGUGCUAUUCGAGAGUCCUGCUUAACUUCGAACUUGUCAUCAUGUCUCAAGAAGAGAAGCGGUUGGUGGAGGUUAAGCUUCUGUUUCAACAUUGCUGGGACAAACGGAUAAAUUAGGUUUUUUUAAGGGCGUGAUGAAUCUCUCAAUGUUUUGUUGUGAAUUGUUUCGCAUUGAAACAUUGUUUUGAAACCAUUAAACUUGAUUCGUAUUUUGAA